UGUUAUUUUACAUUUACGUGAUUCAAGCUGAAUGAGGUUAGAUUGAAUCGGACUCACCUGUGACAGUACUGACAGUAGUGACAGUGCGUGGCUAUUAUUCUCUUGCCGACGUUUCCGAUAAUCGUUAACGACGAGAAUGGAGUCCGACGAGAUCGAGGUGGCCUCGAAAUCGUCAGGGACGAAUAUACGAAAUGAUAAGAACGCUGUUAUCGACUACGACGAAGACAGACUGCACGAGAUGACAGCGUCUUAUUCCGAGAUAUCAUUUGACUCGCAAUCCUCACCACCCAUCUCAGAACUGAGAUCGCUUAUUGAUUCCCCGGACAUUGACAGUGGAAAGUUUCUGGACGACAAUUUAGAUAGAAUAGGAGGAACCGGUCACAGACCGGAUCAAUUGGAUUUGAGAAGUAGGGAUGACAGUCCGACAGAAGGUGACGAUCUUGAUCCACCAAGCUAUCAUAAAGCUAUGGGUUACUUGCAACUGGAAGGAAGGGUAAUGCAGGACGGAGAUAUGGUGUUGUUUGUGACGGAGGAUCUGGAGAACAAGAUCAAAUUGUCCAGUCCUGUAACCAAGAAGGGAGAAACCCCGUCGUUCCCGGGAUCUCGGAGUUCAACCCCAUGCUUGUACAGGCAGGCCUUAACUCCGCAACUACCACCCCUUGAUCACAAUGUAUUAAACGAGUUAGAGAUGGAAGCUAGAAAAGUUGCAACUUCUGUGGACGCGCUGACUGAAAAUUUAGCCGCGAUUUUACAAAACGCAUCGGCUCUUACAGUUGGUUGUUUAGAAACGUACAGAGAUGCAGUGUGUAAGACGUGCGACGCUGUGGAUCAUAAUAUAAAGUCGAUGUAUCAAUUAAUGGCUAAAUGCGAGGAACUAUCCAAGUCGAUGGGACCAAUUUAUAAGUUAGCAGAGCAGAUCAAGGAGAUGAAGAGAAUGCUGGAGCUGUUUGAGAGCGCGAUGAAUCUGUAAAGCAAGGAGAUGCUACAUGCUUAUCACUAUCACUAUUAAUUAUACUAUCACGCGCUUUUAGGUUUAUAAUGAAAUGCAGCAGUUGUCAUACGUUAAUUUGUAAUGCUCUAAAGAAUAUGUUGAUGUAAUAUGACAAAAUAGGAUUACCUGCUGUACCUUGCCUUUUUAGAAAGCACGUGUACGUAUAUGUGUGUGUAUGUAUAUAGUUAAUUUAAAAAAGUUAAAAAAUAAUGUUUAUAGUACAAUUAUCGUUAAAUGAUACGUUUUAAUUUAUACAUAUUGUGCAAUGUUAUUAGUUUUUCUAUCAUUAUUUUAAAUAUACGCUGAAAAAAUAAACGUUAAAUAAAAAGCAA